UCGUCGAUCUCCACGCGUCCUACUUCCACGUGCUCAUCGUUGCCGAGUUGCGGAUGACAUGGCCCCGAGGAACGCAUCAGUGAAGGCAAGGAAAGAUAGCGGGGCGGGCGACGCGGGGGAAACCCAGAGAGGCAGAGGGCACGUGCCUAAGUCGAAAAGGCAGCGCGUUGAAGAGGCGAGCUCCGACCACACUGGAGAUUUCCAGCCUGAAGAAGUGCUGAUGGUGGACGCGCAAGGGACUUCAACGGCGGCGCGAUUGGGUUUCGGGCGGGAUGGGGUGUCGAAGGAACAGCUGUCUGCUCUGAAGCAGAGCAUUGCUGUUGGUGCUGUCGGGGCGUCACAAAGGACCCCGAAGGCGGCAGGGGUUGUCAUAACGGAGGUCCGCGUGUCGAGGCAACUUCCCGCGGCGGCGGGGCAGGGCCAGCCACGUCAGGCACUCCCCCUGCAACAGGUGGGGGCUUCAGGGGGAGGGAAAGAACAGUCCGCGCAAAAGGGCGAUGCAACGACGAUCGACACUCGGACGGCGCCAGCGGAUCACAGCAGUAGAAGCGGAGUCGCCGAAGGUGCGGCCGAGGAGAGGGUAGACGACGUCCGCCGCGACGAUGGAAGAAGAGACAGAAAGCGGGAGGGCGACGGCGACGACGACCGUCCACUUGUGACGAGGUUGAAGGGAGCCGCAAAGGAGGAUGAUCUGGAGAAGAGAUCGAAGUUGUGGGUUGAUUGCGACUCUUUCUGGGGUCAGGGACCGGGGAAACCCUUGAGGGAGGCGGUCGGCGAGUGCGCGCACUACUUCAUCGCCAUCGCCAAUGGAGACGCAGGAGCUGAACCGCCUGCGAUGCUCAUAGUGCCGCAGAACGACGUGCCGCGCUUCAAGAUCGAGGACCCUGCGCAGCAGUCGUACAUCAGCGUCGACAUUGCCACGGACGUCGCACGAGAAGUUUGGCAAGGGCAGGAAUGGUCGAACGUGGUGUCCCCUGCACUCGUGUACCACACUCUGGCGAUGAAGAUGGACGUGCCUCUGUGGUUCGCGGGGGUGAAGAUUGUGGAUCGGCCUGAGGACGACGACAUGGCGGCGCGACAGGAGGCGACAAUUCUUCUCGCCGCGGAGUGCUGGAGAGAUGCACUGUGGUGUGGACAAUGGGCAGACGGUGGUCGCGUGAAACAGGAGAGGUUGUCUAGGCUUGCGGACUGUCUUCGAGCGUUGUUGAGCGCGUGCAUGUGGAUCAUGCGCAUGGGUGGUGACGACGACCGUUCGCACUACGAGGCGUGCCUUUACUCGUCCAUGGUCGCCAAACCGACAAUGAUAGCGGCGGGGUCGUACAUCUUAGACUGGCGGCGACACAUCGUUGACAGCGCGAAUCUCGUCUUGGAUCGUAUAGGGAAGGCUCACCUCACGCUGGGAGAAUACCCUCACUUCAUUCCGGAAUGGUGUGACUAUGGGUUGGUGUUCGGCCACAACGCGGCCCUGAAGAACGCGGCGGAAGCCGCGAAACACGGAUGGAUCGGCAGCGGGCCCGCAGCGGAGGAAGAGGGAGACGAGGACGGUAGGCGGCUGGCUGGAUCAAACGUGUUUCAUCCGUUGCGCCAGUGCAUUGCGGAGCGCAUGAGCCUCGCGCGUCAAAGUCAGCAUGGACACUGGCUGCGGGGGGCGAUGAAUCCCGAGGUCCACUCGGCGCCUCACCCCGUUCGCGUCGACCUCCCACAACAAAUUCUCGUCGAACUCGAUGCCUCCAUCGAGCAGGAUGUUGUGGAGAAUGCAUACUGCCGUGAACUGCUGCGGCAGACUGUCGAGAGGUGCACGGAGGUGGGCGGCGGUGGACGUCCUUUUUUGUCUUCAAAGGACAUGAUGGACGACUGCGAUGGUGAUGGACCUGCUGUACUGUCGACGACGGAGAAGACAACUGUCGCGGUAGCUGCGGUUGCCGUUAUCCGUCGUUUCCAAAUUGAGAGUGCGGCCGGGCGCAUGAAGGCAGCGCUUUCGAGGCGGCGGCAGAGGCUUCUGCUACAAAGGGUGUUGGACACCCCGGACUGCAUCACCACAUCCCAAGUCGUGGUUCAGCUGUGCGCUGCAAUCGGGUGCGGUUUGCUUUCUCGGGCGACGCCACGUUGGUGGAUGCGGCGGAGAGCUGGCGGGACUUGGGAGGAUUUACGGGUGUGCGAUAACGCGACAGACGACUACUUCCGGGAAAAGCUCCGCAUGUCCAAGAAAGUGUUCAUGGAGAUCAGCGAAGCAUGUGCGCCUCAUGUGCAGCGGCAGGUGACGUUUUACAGGGAGCCACUACAGUCGGAGCAGAUCGUCACAUACGCGCUGUAUAGGUGGGCCACAGGAGAGUCUUACGAUAACAGCACAUCAUCCUUCGGCAUAGGCAGGACUUCCGGAGUUCGAGCCGUGCGCGAUGUGACAGCCGCUAUUUUGAGGGGGUACGGGGACAAGAUAUCGUGGCCGACGGGGGUGCGGAAACAAGUCGUGCUACGGGCAUUUCUGGACAAGGGCUUUCCAAACUGCCAUGGCGCAAUUGACUGCACACACAUCUACGUGGACAAACCGGCGAACGCGCCGAGCGAGAACUACUUCGACCGCAAGCACCGUUUUUCCGUCAUUGCGCAAGUUGUGGUGGACCUGGAUCUGCGCGUCCUUGAUGUGUUCGUUGGAUAUCCGGGGAGCUGCCACGACAUUACGGUGAUCAAGCUGUCAAGUCUGUCGAGGCACGCGGAAGAGGGAUUGCUGUUUUGUGGGCCUCCUGUUACGCUGCCGGGAGGGGUGAGGACGAACGGAUACAUCUUGGGCGACAACGGGUAUCCUCCUUCUGAGUGGGUGGUGGUGCCGUACGAAGGAAUCAAUCAGCACCCGGACGAGGAAAGGUUCGACUCGAAGCAGAAGGUCGCAAGAGGGGCCGUGGAGAGGGUGUUCGGGAGGUUGAAAGGGAUGUGGAGGCUCUUCCUGCGGACGCACAAGACGAACCUCGACAGUCUGCCGCAGCAGUUCACGGCAGUAUGCAUUCUCCACAACCUGUCUCUUAUACACAUCUAGAUGUGUAUAAGAGACAGGCCGUGGAGAGGGUGUUCGGGAGGUUGAAAGGGAUGUGGAGGCUCUUCCUGCGGACGCACAAGACGAACCUCGACAGUCUGCCGCAGCAGUUCACGGCAGUAUGCAUUCUCCACAACAUCCUGCUCGAUGCAGGCAUCGAGUUCGACGCGAACGGGGUGAGGCGCCGAGUGGACCUCGGGAUUCAUCGCCCCCCGCAGCCAGUGUCCAUGCUGACUUUGACGCGCGAGGCUCAUGCGCUCCGCAAUGCACUGGCG